CACAUAUUGUACAGUUCCAUCUUAUACCGCUUUUGACUGCUUUAUCUGGUUUCUGUUCCCUAUGAACAUUUGGCGCUUGCGCGAUCCUGCAGUUGUUUGCUAAAGGAUAUACAGUAGCGGAUCGGAUCAUGGAGAAUCAGCCCGAGAAUGUGGGGAAGCGCAAAGCGGAGGACGCUGGUAGCAGUACAAUCAAGAUUAUCUGCACCAAACCGGAUGCUGACCGUGACCGCAGCGUGAGCGGUGGCGGCGGUGAGCCACGCGCGUCGUCGUCGUCGUCGUCGCAGCAGUUAGUAGCGGUGGUGACGGGGCAGUUUACGGUGUACAGUCCCUGGUCGGCGGUGGAGGCGUUGGGGCAGCCGUGGCGCCGACAGGACAACCAGUGCCACCUCCGUCUGCCGGCCAACAUCGAUCCGUGGUCAGCGCAUCUGGUCCUGCAGGCCGCACUCCAUCCGCGUUUGCCGUUGGACGCCGGUCGCGCUAAUCGCGAUGGCGCGGGUACGGCCCGGCAGCUGCAGGAGGCCGCGGCAUUUCUCAGGAUUCCCCUGCCAUCCACCCUUAAUGCUGCUGAAAAUACACCGAAAACAGUCGUGAACAAAACAGUCGUGAACAAGAGGGUCCAGACUACCACGCCGCAAGCUACCGUGCCGAAGCCGAGCAGCGCCAGCGCGUCGGAAAGUGUCAACCAGAACCGAGUCCCGGCUGACUCCACCCUGAUAGGCGCGCGUCUGUCGCUCAGUGAACUACUGGCCGUCAUUCGGCAGGAUUUCCUCCCGCUGUCCAACGAAAUGGAGGUUUACCAGAAAGUGAUGAACUGGUUCCACGUGGAUUAUCCGGCGCGCUGGACGUCGGAGAACUUCAAGGCUGUUAUGCCGGAGAUUCGCUGGGAUCUUUUGCCUGAGGUUCUGCCUGUGGCCAUCCUUACCGCCGCCGGACCGCUGCGCGAUGCUCUGCUGGAACUAGAAACCUGCGUCUUCCCGCCGGCCGCCGUCCGUUACACCGCCGCGCCACGCGAGCGCAUCUUCACCGAGGUGGCUUGCCUGUUCUCCGCUGACCGGCACACCGCCAGCCUGCGCCUGUACGACAUGCGCCAGAACAAGCUGCUCGCUAUUCCGCUACCGGCUGAAUUACAGACGUGGAACACAAUGAAAGAGAUGGGCCCGGUAGUGGGCAAUCGGGUGUGGUUCCGCGUGGAGCAUGGUGCGCAGCUGCGUACCUACGCGUUGGCAAUAGAGGGCACUGAUGCAUCGAAGAUGUCGCUGGAGCAGUUGUGCGAGGAGCCGCUGACGGGCGCCGCCUCACCGCUGGUCAGCCUCAACGGUCGCGUGUACGGCUGGAACACCGGCGCCACCCGGAACACGGCCUCCUACGCCUUCGAUCCCGUUACGCGCCAAUUCGACCGCGAUAUCCAAAACCCCAAGCAGAUGAGGAAGGAAGCGGGCUUCGACGUCUGGCAAGAGGGGCCGCAUCAUUACUUCAUCAUCUGCGGCGGAUAUCCCGCCAAGGGCCGUCAAUGCAACAUCCUGGCCACGGGCGACAUAUACAACGCCGGGACAAACCAGUGGAGCGAGCUGCCGGCUAUGCGAGAGGCGCGCUGCAGUUUCGCCGCCAAAGUCCACAACGGCUAUCUGUAUGUGACGGGCGGUGUGGGACGCGACUCGACCGUCCUCAGCAGUUGCGAGCGGCUGCAGUUGGGCGUGGCCGGCGCCCAGUGGCAGCCCCUGCCCGGCCUGACCGUGCCGCGGUAUGGACACAGUAUGUUCGUUCUGAAGGACAAACUGUUUGUAUGCGGUGGGUGCUGCCGCGACGGAAUGGAGCUUACCUCCAUGGAAGUGUACACCGUCGCGGCGCAUCGCCGGAGUAUGGGGUAUCCGGUCGGGGCCCGUGGGGCACGCUCCUCCCCGGUGUCGGCCUGUGUGACGCUCACCGUCAACAACAAAGCGCUGCCGUGA